AGUUUCGGCCGCCAUUGUAUGGGUUUGAGGGAAAGCAUUGCUACUUUGGGGUGGCAGAUCGAACUUACUCUCUGAUAUCUCGUUUUCCUAACAUAAAUGACAAAAGGCUUUAACCAUUUUCCUGGGACUGGGGUGACUUUCCGGCCUACUUACCCUUUGCUGAUCUUCGAUAUUCGUUCUUCACCGUCGCCGGAGCCACGCUCUCUCCCUUCUCCAGAGUCGAUUCCUCCUCCUGGUUUCCCUAGGAGAAGAAACCUCCAAUGGCUGGUACGGAUUCAAUCAGCAUCACCAACGAAUCUACACAUGAAAGCAUCAUCGAGGAAUCUACGCAUGAAACCAGUGGUUCUCCUGUCCAAAAGAGAACUGGAGGGUGGAGAUACGCUAGUAUCUUGCUAGUGAAUCAAGGCCUGGCAACACUAGCUUUCUUUGGGGUUGGAGUGAACUUGGUCUUAUUCUUAACUAGAGUUCUUAAUCAAGAUAAUGCUUCUGCUGCCAAUAGCGUUAGCAAGUGGACUGGAACAGUUUACUUGUGUUCAUUGAUUGGAGCAUUCCUUAGUGAUUCAUAUUGGGGUCGCUAUUUUACAUGUGCAGUCUUUCAGAUGAUACUUGUGCUGGGUCUAGGUCUGUUAUCGGUUUCCUCUUGGGUUUUCUUGAUAAAACCUGAGGGCUGUGGGGACGAAGAAAUAGCCUGCAAGGCCUCGACAUCAGCUGGAAUAGCUAUGUUCUACACAGCAAUAUAUCUUGUGGCUUUUGGCUAUGGAGGGCAUCAGCCAACUAUAGCCACUUUUGGAGCAGACCAAUUUAAUGAGGUGCAUCCCAAGGAGAGGCUCUCAAAAGAAGCAUUUUUUUGCUACUUUUACUUUGCGCUUAAUGUUGGAUCACUUUUCUCAAACACAGUAUUGGUCUAUUAUGAGAAUUCAGGGAGAUGGACACUAGGUUUCUUGGUUUCUUUAGGUUCAGCUGUAAUAGCCUUAGUGUCCUUUUUGGUGGGGACACCUGGGUACAGGUACAUUAAACCCAGUGGCAAUCCUGUGCCUCGUGUUGCUCAAGUAUUUGUCGCAGCAUUUAAGAAAUGGGAUAUUGUCCCAGCUGAUGCAGGUGACCUGUAUGAGGUGGAGGGACCAGAAUCUGCAAUCAAAGGGAGCAGAAAGAUCCUUCACAGUGAUGGAUUUGUGUUCUUGGACAAGGCAGCUACCGUAACAGAGAAUGAUUUGCGUGGUCCAAUGGAUCCAUGGAGGCUUUGCACUGUGACUCAGGUUGAGGAAGCCAAAUGCGUCCUAAAAAUGUUACCUAUCUGGCUCUGCACUAUAGUAUACUCUGUUGUCUUUACCCAAAUGGCUUCCCUAUUUGUUGAGCAAGGAAAUGUAAUGUUCUCUGACAUAGGAAACUUUCACCUGCCAGCUGCUAGCAUGUCUGCUUUUGAUAUCUGCAGUGUUCUCAUUUGCACGGGAAUCUAUCGACAAAUUCUUGUACCUAUAUGCGGAAGAUUAAGUGGUAAUCCUAAAGGAUUGACCGAGCUUCAAAGAAUGGGAAUUGGCCUCAUCAUUGGAAUGUUAGCAAUGGUUGCAGCUGGCAUAACUGAAAUUCAAAGACUUAAAUAUGUUGCUCCUCAUCAAGAGACAAGCUCUUUAAGCAUAUUUUGGCAGAUUCCACAAUACGUUCUAAUUGGUGCUUCCGAAGUUUUCAUGUAUGUAGGUCAGUUGGACUUCUUCAAUGGACAAGCUCCAGAUGGGAUUAAAAGCUUUGGAAGCUCCCUCUGCAUGGCUUCAAUUUCUUUUGGCAACUAUGUGAGUAGCAUGUUGGUCAUCAUGGUUAUGGCCGUCACAGCAAGAGGUAGCAGAUCCGGAUGGAUCCCCGAUGACUUGAACAAAGGCCAUAUGGACAGGUUCUACUUCCUCAUCGCAGCACUCACAGCUCUUGAUUUUGUGAUAUACUUGUUCUGUGCUAAACGAUACAAGUGCAUCAACCUUGAGGAGGAUGGGAAGACAAUGGAGAUGCAAGGCCAAGACGAUGAAGCGGUCACACGAGUUUAAAAGUUCUCUUAGUUUAUUUUCUCCCUAGUGUUUGAAUAUACUUUUUUUUUUAUUAGCAAAGAGUUUGAAUAAAUUAAACUAAUUAAA